UGAAAUUCUCGUGUACUUGUGCGUAAGUAACUUUAGUUUGCGGCGAUGGUGGCGCCAGGAAGAAAAGCAACUGCUGACCAGCAAAAUAUCUCGGAUGUCCCGCUGUCUCUGGCCUUGAACUCUCCAGAGAUCGGCUGCAUGAAACGCGAUGCAGAUCACUCAUGGAGCUCUGAUCAAUGCAUGAAACAAGAUCGCUUUCCUGGAGAGCUUUCGGAGCCCAGCACUCCAGACAUCAUCGGUGAUGCCUCAUCAUCUUGUGAUGCGGUGGCGGCUGCAGGAGUGGAGAUGCAGGAGUACUCUGCCAUGCAGGCUCUCGAUGUCGCCCUUAAGCUUCUGAUGGAGGCGACGCUGGAGACGGAGUUUGUGAAGGCUUGCUCUGAUAUACGAACUCUGCUGAGCUGCGGGGACGCCGUGGUCCGGGACGCGACGUGUCGAGCGCUGCUGGGGGGGAGCGCUGGGGCGGCAGAUGCGAGGCACGCGACCAGGGCGCCGCCGCUGCAGCGCGUGUUGCUCCCCAUACAGGAGAAAUGGAGGGCAGACGCGGCAGCGGCAGCGUGCGAGCUGCUGCACGCUCUCCUGGCGCCGCUCACCAGAGGAGCGGUAAGGACCGCUGUCGUCUCGCAGCUCAUCUCCGCCAGAGCUUCUGACGCGCUCAUACGAUGCCUGCUACAGCACCGGCAACAGCUGCAGCUACAAGAACUACAGCAGCAGCAGGUGCAAGAACUACAGCAGCAGCUGCAGCUACAUGAGCUACAACAGCAGCAGGUGCAAGAGCUACAGCAGCAACAGCAACAGCUGCAGCUACAAGAGCUACAACAGCAGCAGGUUCACUACGACGCGCUCGCGCUCGCUUCGUGCCAAGUCAUCGCAAAACUAAUCACUAAAGACGGGAGGGGAGCGGUGCGGCUGCGUCUGGCAGGGGGCGUGUCGCUGGUGCUGCGGCUGCUGCAGGAGCGCGCGGCGAGGCGCCCUACGCCGCCCCUGCUGCCCUACCUCAUCCUCCUCAGCCUCGUCGCCAGGAACGGCGGCAACCAGCACUUGCUGGGGCGCGAGGGCGCCGUGCGGACGUUGGUGUCCAUGCUCGCCUCGGCUCCCGCCAAGCACGCCACCAAAAUAAAAUAUCUCAUCGACAUCCUCGCUUCCCUCGCAGCUACCAAAAGUUGUGCAGUGGAAUGUGCGUGUUACGGUGCAGUGGGCGCUGCAGUGGCAGCUCUGCAGGGCUGGCGGAGCACUGAGCCUAAACUGCUGAGCAAAAUAUUGCGCUCUGCAGUGCUGCUCUUCCAGCGCAUCUCUGACACAAAGGAGGGCCGGUUUGCGGUGACCAGCGAGGGCGCUCUGUCGCUGCUACAGGAUUUUAUUUUCUCGUGUCCGGACCAGCGAAGCCUGGACAGCGCCGUGUGCUCGGCCGUAACCUUCUUCCUCAAGUGCCACCAAGAAGCCCCCCAGCAGAUGUACCCCUCCAACGCACUCCCCCUCAUCGUCUUCCGCCCCCCAACUUCAGACGUGGGCACUGGAGACGUGGAUGUAAAUUUCCCGACCUCGUCACAAGCCGCUUCCAUUCAAACCGCCGACAUUGACGAUGCAGAGGAUGACGAUGAGGAAAUAGGCUUAGAAGACGUUGAGCUUGAAGAUGAUCGGGAAACUCCUUCUCGUGAUCUUCAAGUUGAUUAUGACCCCCAAAAGAACGAUGUUCAACGGAGCCCUUGCGACGACACCACUAGCGUCGGAUUUCGAGUGCCGUUACUUGAGCUGAUGAGCUACGGACGUUUCUGUCCGGAACUGGGCGGGGAGGCGCGCAGGAAGGAGCUUUCUUUCUGGGAAAGUGUUAACGCCCUGAGCGGAGUGAAAAACAUCGCUGCUACCUCGAGCGUCUCGACCACGUCGUCGGCUCGACGCGAGACGUACGCGAGACUCGCGUCGUCCACCAAGUCGCUGCUGCCCUUCGUCAAGAUCGCGUACCCUGACCUGGUGGGGGGCGCGUCUCCCCGCCACCUGGAGGCGCUCCACGUCAAAGAACCGCGGCUUGCGAGAACACGUGGCGUGCAGCGCGUGGAACAGGUGCUACGUGGGCAGAUGGUGCGCCGCGUGGUCUACGACCUGGACGCGCUGCUGCACACAUCCUCCUCCCGCGGGCCCCACCCGCUCACUGCCGCACCGCUCGACGGCCUGAGUAACUGUGAUGAGAGGCGCGUGGGGCAGCGGGACGCGUCGGCGCGGAGCCUCAACUUCGAGAGCCGCUUUGAAGGCGGCAACCUCAGGCGCGCCGUACAGGUUGGUGACCGUGAGUACGAGCUUGUGCUGCGCAGCGACGUGAGCAGCACGCAGCACCACCAGUGGUUCUACUUUGAAGUGAGCAACAUGCAGGCCAGGCUGCCCUACGUCUUCUCUAUUGUCAACUGCGAGAAGCCUAACAGCGAGUACAAUGACGGUAUGAAGCCGCUGCUGUUCAGCGUGAAGGAAGCGAUGCACGGCCGCCCUCACUGGGUGCGUGCGGGAACUGAAGUCCUGUACCACAAGAACCACUACCGACGCCCCCCUCCUGUGGUUCUGGACCUUCAUAACCAUGCUGGUGGUGGUGGUGACGUGGUGGUAAAUGCUGGUGGAGUUUCACAGGUUGAUUCCACCAAGAAAGCCUCGACCAAGAAGAGUCAGACGAGCUUGUCUUACUACACCGUCAGUUUCACCAUCGUCUUCCCGCACGCGUACGACGUCUGCUACCUUGCUUACCUCUACCCUUACUCCUACACUCACUUGAAGUGCUUCCUGAGGACUCUUGAAGCGAGCGUUGCUGCGGACGUUUUCUACUCCUGCCAAACAUUGUGCCAUUCUCCUAACGGCAACCCUGUUCCUUUGCUCACCAUCACCAGCAAAGAUGAUGUCGUCUCUUCUGAUCCGCGGCUAGUCCGUCCUCAACAUGGAAGAAAUUUUCACAAGAUGUCCAACACUAGCACUGGUCAUAUUUUUGCUCCAAAUGUUGCGAACAGUCGCUCUGUUGAUACCAGUAAAGAUUACAAACCAACUAUAGAGAAUAAUGCCCUCUCUGUAGAUAGUGACGCCGAACCAUUCCAUAUUCCGCGACCUGUUGACUUCGGACAAAGCUUGAAGUGCCAUUUGAAUCCUCAUAGUGAAAUAGAUCGGCAGAAUAAAGUGAACGUUGAUUCCCGUAGCUGUGAUAGUAGCCUCAAACGUAGUUGUAGUAAAAAUAAUAUUUGUAGUGUAAGUAGUUUUAGUGCAGAUAGUAUCCGUGAUAGUCUUAAUGACAAUUUGAAGUGCUGCAAUACAAACCCGCCUGAAAAUGGCAUUUUCUGUGAUACUGAUGUUGUGAAAGAUUAUCUCUCUGAUGAAGUGUCCUCUCCCGUUAAUGUCGCCAGCAUUAGCUCAAGUGUGGAAAAAGAUUUGUGCAAAAAUAAUAAUAGCGAGCCGGGAAAAUUGUCAGUGGUUUUGAAAGAUACUGCCAAUGGUGUUCAUAUUAACGAGAAAAAAAGAGCUGACAGCGCUACAGACGCUAAAAAUUCUGGAUCGAGCAGUCCUGACACUUCUCCUUCAUCCUGUUACUCGACUCCUACAAUUGAGAUUUUGUACAGCGACCUUUUUAGUGAAGACGGCAGCAGCAAGUUUAGUUUCUCGGAGGCAACGCCAGCUAAGGAGGCAGCAAAAGUCAAAACUUCUAAAGAAACCUCAUCCAAAGCCGUAGAGUCUGUUGAGAAGACAAUUAAGUCGAAGAAUUCUGCUGGGAAGAAACCUACGACGGGAAUUGUUAAUAUCAGAGAUGAGAAUGCAAAAGAAGAAACCGCUGGGCUGUCGCCUGAAAUUAAUGCCGAUGCGUCGAGUUCAGAAAUCGCGAUGCGAGCAGCUGUUGCAAGCAACGAGAGUUCCAUCUUCUACAAUAAAGCUUCGAUUGUCACUGGUGAAACUUGUUCUGGAUUGAAGUUUCCUGAAGGCAGCGAGGCUUCCAGCAGUGAGAAAAUUACGAAAACCACAGAAAUAUCUUCAAAUGAAACUGUGAGCUUGGAGCCUGUGGCUGCCCCCGUCGACCCGACGUUAGGUAAGCAUGACACAACCAAGACUCAGUGGGAUGGCCACGACUCGCCUGACUUCAGGAGCCCCAGCGCCGUCGAGGACAUGUGGUCCAAACUCACCGAGUCUGCGCAGGCUGCCACCGCGUCUGAUGCUCCUAGAGACGCACGCGAGACGAUGAGAGAUCAUCACUUGUCUUGCGAUACCAGCGAGUGUGAUGCAAGCGUUGUUGAUGGCUGUCGUCUCGCACGUACGCCCAAGCCGGUGGUGUUCCUGAGCAGUCGCGUGCACCCCGGGGAGAGCAACGCGUCCUGGCUGAUGGAGGGCUCCCUACGGUGGCUGGUGUCGGGGCACGCCGCCGCCGCUGCCCUGCGACGACGCUGCGUCAUCAAGGUCGUGCCCAUGCUUAAUGUCGAGGGCGUCAUUCACGGCAACACGCGGUGCGGGCUGACGGGGGAAGACCUCAACCGGCGCUGGCGCAGCCCCUCAGCCACCCUCCACCCCUCCAUUUAUCACUCCAAGGCUUUGCUUGAGUAUCUCACGCAUGUCGUGGGGAAUGCUGACAAUGCUGGCAACAACGCUCCUGCUGACGAUGCUGACAGCAAACCUCCUGCUGACAGAGCAUCUCUGCUUCUUGCAUCGGCUGGUGUCAGCGGUGACGACGUCUCUGCCAUGCCCGUCUCUGCUUGCAGUUCAGCCACCGGCGUCUCUGACGAAGUGCAACGUCGCGGCCACGACGCUCAUCUUGCGGCACCUGUGCUGGACUGCAAUUCGAUGAGUCUUGCUUCUUCGUCUUGUACACCUGCUAAUAAAUCAAAUGAUGAGCUUCAGAUCCCAAAAGAUGGUGCCCUUAAAGCGUCACUUGAUAGGAAGUUCGAAGGCUGCGCAGAUGUGACAAAAAAUGGCGUCAGGGAGUCGGGAGGGGGAGCUGCCGUGGCGGAAGGUGACUUUAGGGAGUCGACAGGUAAUGCCACUGUGGCAGAAGGUGAUGUUAGGGAGUCUGGACGUAAUGCCACUGUGGCAAAGAGUGGCACUAGGGAGUCUGAAGACGGUGCCACCGUGGCUGAGAGUGGCACUAGGGAGUCGAGAGGUAAUGCCACCAUGGCAGAGAGUGGCACUAGGGCGUGUGCAGGCGUCGCCACCGUGGCAGAGAGUGGCGUGGUCGUGUACUGCGACUACCACGGCCACUCCCGGCAGAAGAACCUCUUCCUGUACGGCUGCUCGAGGCGUCUGUCGUGGUGGCCUCAGGACCGAUGCCUGCCUGAUCACCCGCGGCUCACGGUGCUGCCAGCGCUGUGCCAGGACCUAGUGAGCAGCUUCAGUGCACCGCACUGCUGCUACACCGUCGAGCGUGCACGGGAGAGCACGGCGCGUGUGGCGGUGUGGCGGGAGUGUGGCGUCGCCUGCAGCUACACGCUCGAGGCAUCCGCUUCUGGCUGUGACCAGGGCGUGUACCAGGGCUAUCACCUGGGAACAAACCAGCUGCUAGAAGCUGGUGCCCAGUUCUGCGAGGCUCUCCACCAGAUGUUGUGUCCAGCACCAGCUGUGGGGGAUCACAACCAGCUGGCUGUGGAGACCAUGACUCAUCACCACGCUAGAGGCUGUUCUAACAAUGAGCCACAGCGGCCAAGAGGCUGCAGGACCGAGCCUCCAUCUUGUGGCGGCGGGGUUCCUAAAGAUGCGGGUGCCCCCAACAGCGACGAGACGUCUGUUCGAACUCAGCAGUCGCCGAGUCAAAUAUUGCGUCCGGCGAACUCUGCUGACGAUUGCAAGUUGUUUUGUCUUAGUUACAGCCGAGAGCUAAUAAAGGAAAUUGAGGAAAAUUUACCUGGUGAAACUAGUGGUACUAAUGCAGUAGAUGUUGCUGGACAAUCGUCUAGUCCAAACAGCUUUGCCGUGACGUCUGUCGUCGAGAGUCAAACUAGUGAAAAAACUCGGGAACCUUUGACCUCGCAUCAGACAGUCACUGGUGAUUCGACGCCGCCUCUGCCUACAAAGCGCGGCGGUGGCUCAGUCAAACCAAAGUGUAUUCGAGCCAGAAAAGUUUCUGCUGCUAAAAAGAAAGGCGUUAGAAGUAGUAAAGUGUGGUCCAGUUGUGGUGAAGUUGAGGCUCUGCAGAAACAUGGCAGUUUUGUACCUAUGGAUGUCGGACCAUCGUGCACAGCCUCGCACAAACUCGCUCGCUCCCGCAAACGGGAGUCUGAUUCUGAGGCUGAACUUGACAGAGACCUGUACUCUUACAUUGAACCUGACGAGUAGCCUAGUCUUCCAAUCUGCCGCUGUUAGUCUAGUUCACUGGGAUGGAGCAUCCGGUAUCAUCGUGGCCAUGCUGGAUGUUGUAGGUACCGGGAAAUAUUCACUGUAGCAGACGAAUUGGACAUAUCCACACUUCAUUAUAUAAGACAACUUAUUUCACAACAGGUUUAUCAACAGAAAACGUUUUCACAAUUUUAACCUCAUAUUAAUUAAUGAGUGCAGUGCUCUGUAAUGAUCAAGUUAAAUCGUUAUCGCCUGUUUUACUGUUGAACCUUUUAUUAUGUGGCCAUUAAACCUGCUAGCGUCCAGUCUUGACAUUCCUCAGUGUUGUAUUGCCACGUAAAUGCCCACCUUGAACGGUAGGUACUCUUAUAGAGUGUUGGGCGAAUGUUCAAGCCUAACUUGCACUCUAGAAUAUGAGGCAACUGUUAGAGCCUAGCAUAUAAUUUGUAAUGUAAGGCAAAGGAUCGUGGAGCCUAUCCAAUAAUCUAGAAUGUAGGGUGAAUGUUUGAACCUAGCAGUGCUCUAGAAUGUAGGGUAGAUGUUUAACCUUUGCAGUUCUCCAAAAGGUUGAAUAGCUGUUCGAAUUUAGCAAUAAUUUAAAAUAAAGGAUAGAUUUCCCUCAACGGUGUAGACCGAAUUAUCGAGCUUAGCAUUUAAGGGCAUAUGCAAAGCCCGUGUAACAACUGCCUUUUCGUCCAUUUUUGAAACUGCAGUAGCCAGCGCCUUGUUAGAAAUAAUUAUCGCUUACAUCCAAGCUAUGGUAGCAUAUUGCUUACGCGUUCGUUCAAGUUUACGAUAGCAAAUUACCAGAAUUUUAGUCUGUACCGAUCAGCUCUUUGAACUAGCUUUUUAUGAUUGAACAUUGAAUGACUAAUAAAUAAUUUAUUGUAUUCAAUAAUUAAUACGCACGUCUAUUCAAGUUCACUUAUUCGUGGUCCAGCAUGUCACAUAAGGUUAAAGUUAAACGAUCCCCGAAAUUGAUGGAGCAGCUAACUUCAAGUUGACGUCACGGUAAAUGUUAGGUUAGCCUUGCAUUAGUUGAUAUCCUGUAGAAUGCUUUGCCUCAGUAGCUGAAUUAGCCCUCACACACACCGUCCUAUAACUAUAACUCUUAUACAAUAUAAGAUUAAUAACAAGUCCUGCCGUUUUUGUGGUAUAGCUAUAAGUUCUGUUGUGCCUCUGCCAAUUUAUUAUCAAUUUUAUUGCAUUUGUUGAAAACCUUCAACGCCUUGUGUAUCCCAAACUGAAUGCGAGACGCAUGCAGAAUGAUAGAAUCUUAUGAGAGCUUCCAUUUAUUUGGUGAGUUAUACACAGUUGCUCGAAAUUUAUUCCGCGUUAACUUGCCUUUAGAAAUGUGUACCUAUUAUCUCAUUCUGGAAUAUUUUAAAUAUUAGCAAUGAUUAUACAUCCCUUUUAUUCCUUGUAUUGUUCAAUUUACCAUGUCUUCUCGACUUAAGCUGUUCUCGCUCUCAUGGCUGGUGUGUAGGUAAUUCUUUUCUUGGUUCUUUUUUUGGGUCAUAUGUUAAGUACAAUAUGUGCUUUAUACCUCAACGUUCUAAUAUCUAAUACUGGCAUUCAUAGUAUUUGACUCAGUGUUUUGUUCUUUAAUUUUAAAUAUAAACAAGAUUAUUGUUGUCUGUCGUAAAUUUUUUAAGGUUUUAGCCGCAAAGUUACCCGAACGACAUUCUAUUCUAUCGCUAGCUAGCAACUCCGCCCGCUUGUACACUGAAAAGCUUACAGAUCUGCCAGUUUCAUUCCGCUUUCAGUCUGCUUCAGGCUUUUGGUUAUCUCGUCUGAGAUUUUUGAAGGUUGUAUCAUUAUCUUAAGCGUACCGGUAUUCGUUAUCUUAUCACCAUCGUAUCAAUAUCUUAUCAUUAUCUAAAAGGUUAAGGCAGUCUAAUGCGGAGAAAUUCUGUUAAUAAUGUGAAAUUGUUUAAACAAGUGAAUAGUGUGUUACUGAUUAGAAGUUGUAUUAUCAAUUAGAUAUUAUGUUGCCAAGUAGAAUUGUGUUGCCAAACAGGAAUUGUGUUCCCAAUUAGAUAUGGUGUUCUCAAUUAGAUAUUGUGUUACUCCCUAUCAAUUGAAUAUUGUUUUAUACCCUUUCAAUUAUUUAUUACGUGUGUAUGGAACAAUAUGUGUGCCUUCGUUUGUGUUGUAUUAUAAUAUUUGAUGCCGAGAAAAUAUUUCCAAAAGUGAGUUAACGAAAAUGUUGCGAUUUUGAUUGCCUGUCUAAUGUGCGAGGCUGAGGUCGGUGCCCGGGAGUACUCGACUCACAUCAAUGAUAAAGUAUGGGGUGAAGAUCUUGUAUAUCCGGGACUUUUGCUGAUUCAAUCCGUAGUUUUCGUUUUCUUUACUGUUUAUGAAUUGUUUUACAUUGUUGAAUUGUUCAGUAUAAUUUAUGCAAAA